UCCAAAUCUGCAUCAUUUGCAUCCGUUGUGGAAGUUGAGCUCUUCAAAUCCUUAGGUCUCAAUCCCCGCCAAAACAAAUCACAUGACCACGCUUUUGUUCUCCUAAUAUUGCUUCUACCACUUCAAGGCAUGCAGUCCCUAAUUGGACGUUCCACCGCCCUUCCUAAAGCGCCUGCUGCAACAAAUUUUGCUCCAUUUAUCUUCUUUUUUGCACCAUUAGACACUUGAGAUGAUUUUCCUUUCAUGUUAUCUUGUGUAGAUGCAACAAAUGAUAAUAAAAAUUUAGACAACACAUUAGAUUCAAGUUAUACCCAACCCAAAUAAAAUAAAACAAACACAUUAGUUGUCAGUUGUUUCAUUCCAGGACCCCAAUGCCUCACCCAGCUUCUCUCCGUGGUGACACCAAAAAGUGUAAUUUGAGGUCAUUCCAUGAAUCAACAAAUGUCUCUCUACACUUGUAAGUUCAACUUUUAAUUUAUAAGUUCACUACAUUAAACU